CAGCUUGCCACAUUCCUGCUGCUCAGUUCAUGACAUCUCAACAAGAAAAUGGUUUCCGGAGUUUUCAUGCUUGGCGUUUUUGCUGUUGUGUUUAUUAAGUUUGAUGUUUUGAAUGGAUAUGUCGUUGGAACAGUUGUGGGAUGUUAUGUCGACGAGAAGUUUUACAAAACCGGGGAAACUUUUAAAGUUUCUAAUUGUUUAAAAUACAAAUGUAAUAACGAUGGAACAAUCACUUUGGUUGAAGGGGCUUGCGAUGUAAACGGGGUCUGCUACAAAACAGGAACACAGUUUGAGAAUUCCUGUUCUACUUACAGUUGUUCUAUGAAAAAGGAAAACGAAAAUACCCUAUUCUCAGUAGAUUUGGCGGUUGCCGGAUGCCACGACGCCAACGGAAAGUGUCACAAGACAGGUGAGGUCUUCCCUUCUGUAAUGUACGGUGUACAGUACAAAAAAUGUUCGUGCAUAUUGGAAGGAAAAGUGAUCUCCAUUACCUGUUCUAGAUGAAGUUGUCAUGUGAUGUAUUCUGUAAGCUACAGCAACAUUGCGAUAUUCAAUUUUAACUGGGAUAACUUGAAAUAAAAUAAAAUUGUAUUGUCUAUUGAACUUUUUCUUUUAUUUGGCCAUCGUUUUUAUUAUGAUAUUAUUAUGAUAUUAUGAUAAAUUAUGAUAUUAUGAUAAAUGAUAAACCGUAACCGGAAUUGUUCUUGUGUUUUGGGAGGAGGAAAGAUCAAUUUUGCAUGUCCUGACGCAAGUAGUUACUUCGGCUUCUCUAUAUGGUACAACGACAACAUUUUGAAUGUCAAUAUGAGGCAGGCUUACUGGAAAUAAAACAAAACUGUA